AUGAAGCUCGCAACGACCGUGCUGCCAUUGGCAGCUCUUGGAGCAUCUCAAGACAACCAGAUCCCAUUGAAUACUCAGGAUUCCCGACCUCUGACAUUGGCUGACAUGAGCCUUUUGGGCUUCGGAACAUGGAACUUGAAAGAGGCGAACACCAGCGAAGCUGUCUCAUGGGCCAUCCAAGUUGGGUACAGACACAUCGAUUGUGCCGCUGCUUACUACAACGAGGAAGAAGUAGGCAAGGGAAUCGCCGAUGGACUGGCUAAGACGGGCUUGACAAGAGAAGAUCUAUGGAUUACUAGUAAGCUAUGGAACGACCAUCACGACAAAGUUGAAGCCGGCAUCAAUGGCUCGUUGCAAAAGCUAGGCCUAACCUAUCUCGAUCUCUAUCACAUGCACUGGCCCGUCGCAGGCUCUGGAAGCGACAGUUAUAUCUCCUACCACGAUACGUGGGAAGCGAUGACCAAACUCCAACAAAGCGGCAAAGCUAGACACAUCGGCGUCUGCAACUUCUCCCCUGACCAACUCACCUCCCUCCUCAACAAAACCUCCGUGCCCCCACAAGUCCACCAAAUGGAACUCCACCCCUACCUCCCUCAAACCACGUGGCUAAACUUCCACAGCCGCCACAAAAUCCACGUAACAGCCUACAGUCCCCUCGCCGGCACGAAUCCAACCUACAAAGACCCACCUCCCCCCGACCCACUCCUCAAAAACAAAAUCCUCCACAAGAUCGCGAAGAAACGAAACUGUACACCUGCUCAAGUCGCUCUACAAUGGGGAAUGGCGAGAGGGACGUCGGUGAUUCCGAAGAGUAUCCACAAAGAUUACAUCACGGAGAAUUUUCAAGCGCUGGAAUGUGGCUUGAAGAAGAAGGAUUUGGAGAAGAUUGAUCGAUUGGGGAGGUUUCAUCAUAGGUAUAAUAAUCCGAGUGAGAGUUGGGGGGUUGGUCUUUAUGAAGGGUUGGAGGAUGAUGAUGGGAGGCAUAAGGGGGCGAAGUGGUUUAGGAAGAAGGAAGGAGAGGAAGAUGUAGGCCGGGAGAGGUUGUGA